CAAGUUCACAUCAGAGAAUUAGAGGAACAAGACAAACUUUGGUUCUAAUAGUUCUCUCUCUAAUUCUACCACAUAAUGGGAAGGCCUUUGACUGGGUUGAGUGGCCGUUUUAAACAGAAUGUCUUGAACAAUAUACUUCUCACAUUUAGAAGACAAGUGAAUGCCUUUUACUUAAUCCCAAGAGCAAAUUGUCAGACUCUAUCUAUGCAGAGACGGAAGGAAGUUCAGCAAUGAAGAUGGAAUUCCAUCCUCUGCUCACCCUCUCUGUGUUGUUAUGAGCAAUUACAGAACAUAUGGUAUGUAAGAAUUACCCGCUCUUCAGUGAGAUCCCAGCAAAAUCUCAGCAUAACAGGGUUGGCCAGAUGCAGCGGGGCAUGGAAUGAACAAUAAGAGGUUAAAUUGAUGGAUGACCAACAAGAUAAGGAUUGUGCCUCAGAAGACCAUGAAACUAUCCUGAUUAAUGGGGUGAAAGAAAAUGAAUCACAUGACCCAGACAGUGAUGAGAAGCCUUGCACUGCUGCAGAUGCUGCGGUUACAUUUUCAGCCUUGACAAUAGCUCAGAAGGAAAAUCAAGUGUGUCACCGAGUGCUGCCUCCUCUGACUUCAAAGAAGCCCUGUUUGUUGAGCCCUCCUUCUCCUCUGAGACUCACUGAUGUACCUGAGCACACUUCAGAUGACUCAUCCGCACAUGCUAUUUCUCUUACAUCUUGUGUUACAAAAGGCAUGAGCUCCUGGUCUCUGCCAGGCGAUUGUGAGAAGGCUCCAUUCACAAUUAUGGAGCCCGGAGGCAUGUCAGCUCUGACUGGUGACUGCUUGAUGCAGCCAAGCCGGACCUGUCUAGGCUGCUUUAUUGAAUCAAAGGACGGCAUUGAUGCAGAGCCGGGAAUAAGCUUGAAAGUGGGUGAUAUAAAUAGGGAUUAUGACACCUGUUCAGUCUCUGAUAUAGGGAUUCACUGCAUGAGCACAGGAGAAACCAUGAGAUAUGGGGAUCAACUGCUUUCAGACCAGCUUUUAAGCUUCCCUAUGCAUAAAUCGAGGGCAGCAGACAAAAGAGAUGCAGAGAAAUCUGACAGUGAUUCAGAGGACCCCACUCAGAAAAAUUAUUACGAGGGAUUACUAUCAGACAAAUGCAAUGGUGAGGAACCUUUGCUAACAAAUCCCAACCAGGAGUGGGGCUAUUUCGAAUCUUUCAUUAGUGAAAGUAAAAUAGAGCUGCUUGACCUUUGCUCCAAAAAUGAGCUUUCUGUAAACCUGUUUUCUGAGGAAGACGUGGAUAAUUACAUGUUUGAUGAUGAUGAUUCAACCUUGGGAAGUGAUGUCUGCUCCUUAAAGAUUAGAUAUGAAUCUUUCCAAGACAACGUGAGGGAGAAGACCAAUGCCCUGCAAGAGGAUGCCCAGUUCAACUUCUUUCCCAGCGUGUUUGGCAACUGCACUAAAAGGGACAGCAAGAGCAUCCUGAAGAGGGGGGCUGGUGGUGGUGCUGACCCUUCCCAAUUCAAAUCUGAAGAGGGCAUCAUUUGGGGGGAGGAAGAGGAGGAUGGAGAGGAGGAGGUUGGGGAGGAAGGGGAGAAAGCUGCCUUAAAUAAAACUUGCAACAGUACAGAGGUGGUGCAGUAUAUAGGCUCUAAAAGGAGCCACUUCUUGGACUCUGUGAAUUCCACAGAGGACUCUGGGGAGUUCAGCGAUGACAGCACCUGCACGGAGUCCUCGGAUGAUGUGCUGCAUGAUAUAAAGGACUGUAGCAAGUAUCUGUCCAGGGAACAUUCCAAUUCCUUCAUCCAGCAGAACUAUGGGCUGCGGGCAAAGAGGAAAGUGCGAUACAGCGACGAUUAUUUGUACGAUGUGGAUUCCAUUGAGAGUGAGAAGGUUCUGGAUAAGAAAGAGUGGCUCCCGGAUGGACCCAAAGAGGAAGAUGACGAUGAAUGGUGCCCAAAGAAAAGGCGAAAAGUCUCUCGCAAGGAGCCUCCGGUUAUCAUCAAGUACAUCAUCAUUAACAGAUUUAAAGGGGAGAAGCAUAUGCUGGUAAAGCUCAGUAAAGUCGAUGCCAAUGAGACAACUGUUACCCUAAGUGAGGAACUGCUCAGCAAGUAUGAAAAACUGGCCCCACUGAAGGGCUUCUGGCAAGAGAGGCAGCAGAGCCGGAUGGAUUAUCUUAGGUCGUCUCUCUUUCACAAACAGAAUUUCUAUCUUAAUGGCUCGGAUGUCUCAUUCCUCCCUCACCCAAGAAAGCGAAAAUGCAAACUAGCAAACAGGCACAGGAUUCAAAGAAUUAAAACCAUUGAGCAAUCAGUGAACAAACUGGGCUCCUGCUCCUCUGAUCAGAAGCAGCCUUGCAGCAGUAAAGAGGAUGCAGGCCUGAAAGGGAUGCAGACAUUAGCCAUCGCUACCCCCAGCUGUGCAAACGGAUUACAUUUAAAUGACAUCUCAGGCAUUGCCUCAGUGAAGUACAAAUCACAGGAAAGGGAAUAUAAGGGGACAGAGAGGAAAGUGCUACGCCGAAUCAAAUUCAAAAGUGAAGCCCGGUUGAAAUGCAAGAAAAUCAAAGCUGCCACAAAUACGGGAGAAUUCUCCCCUGCUUUGGAAAAUCAGGACACAGCAGCUAGUUUGAAGGAUGAAAAUAUUCCUUGUGCUUCAGACAGCUCCCAUAUUUCUGAGAGCCAUGAGGAUAAGGUUGCUAAAAAUUCUACUUUCCUGCCAGCCACCUGCUCUCCAGACAAGCCUCUACCACCCGCUAAUAUCACCACCAAUGUACCCCUGAUUCCCGGUGGGUAUCUGCAGACAUUGUUAGAUGCUUCUGAUUUGUCCAGUAACACUGGUAUCUCAUACUUCACCCAACAUCCCGCUGAACAGCAGCAUUCCCUCCCUAGCAUUGUUCAGGCAGAAAAGCAGUUCUCUGCUCUGCAGACAGCCCAGAGUUGUGUGCUGUCCCCGCCUUCUGAAUCUGAACUGCAGCAGUCACCUGGCCAUUUAGAAAUUGAGCGGAGCAACUUCAAUAGCAUGUGGCCAGCAAACAAGGCUGCCAGCAGCAACCAUCAGGAAUUUGCAAGUGACAUGAGGGAGGCUUCUGCAUUAUCAAAUGAGUUUGGUGGCUCAGCAGGAGCAGACAACCUCCCAGCCUCUGGAUACAGUCAAGUAAAUCUGAAUAGCAGCAAAUUGCUAUACCAAAAAAAAUAUGUGCCGGAUAACCAACAAGUGCAGUCUGAUGAUUCUUAUCAGUCAUGCCAUUUUAAUAAUGGAGAGGGGCGCUUUCAUUUCCAACGAGGUACACUAAGUACAGAUGAUGGCAGACUCAUUAGUUUUGAUUCAGUGGGCUCAUUGUCAGUUAGUUCGAGCAAUUACAGUUCUUUAAGUCUAAAGUCUUGUGAAAAGGACGGCGAAGAUGAUAUUAAUGAUGAUUUCUUGGCCCACUGCAGUCCCAAGCUAGUGAUCCAACAAAGCAUAGAUGAAAUAACCCCUUUGAAAGAGUCUACGGACCUUUUAGACAUCUCCAACUUCACACCUGAUAAGUUCCGUCAGUCAUCGCUUUCGGAAAUGUCUCCUCCCGACACCCCCAGCCUUUCCCCUCAGAUAACCGUGUCAGAUACCAAAUCGCUAGGCAAUCUGAAAGGUUUUCAGGAGACCACUCAGACUGUGCUAAGCAAUACUGAUAAGGUCAAGUGGAACUGUGGGGUUCUCCAGACCCAAGAUCAGGCAGAUAAUGGGUUUACUUUAAAUAAUCAUCAGUUUCAGUUCCAUAUGUUCAAUGAUGAAGAUUCUGUUAGCCUCCUUGAAAAAAGUCCAUGCUUGUCAACAUUUAAUGAGCCAUCUGGUCAAAUUAGCACCAAUAGCAAAGUGUCAAAAUCUAAGAGGAAAAGUGCAUCCAGCAAGAAUGUAGGUACAAACCAAAGUUCUCCCCAGAAAAACACUAGGAAAAAAUCUCCUAAAACUAACAAAGGAACUGAUAAACCACAAAAUAAGAAUUCCAGGCAGACUCCCAAGUCAACAAGGAAAGGGAAAAAUGCAGCUGGAGUCAAUGGUGAAAAGGCUCAAGCAGUUGGCAGCAGGACCGUCAAUCAGUUAAAUAAUACAGCCUCAACAACAAAGGCACUAGCUGAAUGCAUUCAGCACCGCAGCCCAACCUCUGUAAAGAUAGGGAAACAUAAUGGACUAUCUGGUGAAUGGUCACUAAGAAAAGACAAUAGCACAGGCUGGUCCGAAACUAGUAUAGCAAACACGAACAACCUCCUUGAUGAUGAUCAAAGGGAAUUUGAGGAACCUUCCAAUAUUUUAUCUAACAUUGCAUCUGGAAUGGCAGAUGUUCAGAGAUUUAUGAUGGCCUCAAUCGAACCCUUGUGGGGGCCUGUAGGCCAUAACAGCGUCCCAGAUAUAUUCCGGUCGCCUGAAUCUAACAGCCUGAAAUUGAAAACUCUUAAAAUUUUGGCAGGGACAUCACAAGAGUCCAAGAAAAAGGGAAACGGUAAUUCCCCGGGAACUGCGAAGAAUCACAAGUCAAGCAACAAGGGCUCAAGCAAAAAUAAUGGCAAAGCCACAACUUGUGAUCCCAGUCACCCCAACUGUUCAACUGGGUACAAUAUAGACAUUCACUCUCCCUUUUUUGAUAAAAGCUAUAGUAACCUGAGCACUUUAGGCAAUAAUGGACCUACCCAUAAAAAGCUGUACCGUCAUAAAUCAAGUUCUAAGUCACUGAGGGAUGAGAACUGUAAAGUAAAGCGAACAGACCGUGAACAGACCCAUAAGGACCCAUCUGUGACAGCUUCUUUUGAAAAACUGAGGGAAUCAGACUACAUUCUUCUUAAAGCAGAAACAACAUUUUUGGUUUUACCUGUGUUUGAAGAAGAGACUCCUUUUUCUAGAAAGACAUUUGAUGUUUGGUUUUUUUGGUUUUUGUUUGUUUCUUUCAAAAUAUGCCUUGUGGUAUGUUGAAAUGUAAGUGCUGAAAUGAAGAGUUUGAAAUUGUGGGAAUUUAUUCUUUGAAAGCAAACCUAAUCUGGUAUUCUCUGUGAAAGACUUUUAAAAGUCAUACUGUUGUACAGUAGUUUAUGCACUAUUACCCACAACAACAACAAAAAUUGUGCCAAACUAUGAACAAGUGACUGUAUUGUACAUAUUUUUACUUCUCUAUCAACAUUGGGUUGUGAGUGUUUUCUGGAACUAUGCCUUUUGAUUUACUAUAAACAUUCCAGUAAUUAUGUAUUAACCAUCCCCUUUGAAAGCACCUGUAACUCACAGUGAAAAUGAUGUUGUUCACUUAUACAACUUACCAAAAGUUUUAUGGACAUAACUAAAAGUGUGCCAAAUUUACUUACCUCAUUUCAUGGAUUUGCCCUGUGGUUUAAAGCUCACAAAAAAAAAAAAAAAAGAACUUUAAAACUGAAGCUGGGAAAUGUUAAUGUCCUUUCUUUAGAAACAUGAGCAAAAAAAACCAUAAUGAUGAAAUUUUGAGUUUCAUUAUAGGAGAAAGUUGAAAUGUUGGAGGAAUUCAGAAAAUCACUCAAGGUAAGUUUGACAGGGACUCAAGUGUCUGCAUUUAGAGACUACAGAACAGCUGCUUUUCAAGUGUCUGUUUUCUUAAAGCAAAACCUGUAGCUGAAGAUCAUUUAAAGUGCAAAGUUAUAUUGCUGAUACUUUGUAUCUCAGUUUUAUAUAUUUUAUAAUAACCUGGGAUAAAUUCUAAAAUAGUUAUAAAAUUAGAACUACUACAUUUCAUACAUUUAUUGCUAUUUACUUUUAUUUGAGAAGUUUCUUAAACAUUUUUAUGCUGAUCCUGUCAGAAGUGCUCUCGUAUCACAGCUUUGGUGUUUUCUAAGUGGUUAACUUUGCAAUGCCAAUAUUGUUUGAAAUUUUAAAAUGAAAACAAUUUUCAGUGCAACAAUUUUUUUCUUUGACUCGGUACAUAAUAAAAGAGAAAACGGAAAUAUUUGUGAUCUCACCAAAUCGAGGCCAGAUCAUACCCAACUGGACUCUAUUAAGACAGUGAUAAGUAUUGAAUGGUAAAAGUAUUUUCAGAAGGCCUUAUUGGUACCCCACCAUGCCCUCACCCUCAAGAGAAGAAAACAAAACAAAAAUUCACUUACUUUCCUUGUGCAACUGAGAGCCUGUGCAUUUUGCUGCUGAUUUGUUAUGAAACUUUGAUAUGCAAGAGACCUGCUAACUGGGGAGCUAAUGAGAGCAGAGGAAAGUAAGGUUAGGUCACAUAUUUAUGCAACAGAAAAUUAUGGGUAUAAGGAGAAGGGCCUUAGUAGCAAUCUAAUAGGAGAUCACUUCCUCAACAUAUUCCUGAGUAUUGAGGCGGCAUUUCAAAGUAGAUAGGGAUAGACUUUGUGUUUGCAGUACAUGGAAGUGGUUUUGAUCUAGUCAGGUUUUUUUCUGUAAUAUUAAUGGCAGAGUUGGAGGUGGCAAUAGAUUUUGAUAUUAAAUUAUUCCCCACUGUAUUAGUAUUGAAAAUUAGAGAUGGGACUGAGUUGCAAACUUCUGACCUGGAUCCAAACUCUCUUAGCAUUUGGGGUUGUUCAGAUACUGGGGGGUUAGUUUAGCCUCAUCUUUUUAAUAACUCGUUAUUUUACUUAACUACUAAUCUGCUUUGUAAUUACUCUGAAAGUAUCAUAUUAGUUGAUUUGUCCUGAAAAAUAACGUUAUAGUUCUGCCUGGAGUGAGUGACUCUGGAUCAGAUUAUUGUAGCUCUGCAAUCUCAUAGUAAUGGUUAAUUUAUGGGACCCAAGCCAGAGUGCAGCAUCCCACAGAAAAUCCAGCAAGUGCGGAGUGAGGUCGAAGGGACCCCAGAACUGCUAAAGCAAAAGCUCUCUACAGGGAUAGCUCUGCUGGGCCCCACCUUUAGGCACAUGGCUUUGCUUAAGCCACGUUUCCAUGGUUUGGCUUCCCUUGUGGCUACAUAGUAGCGACCUGGAAGGGAACUCAGAGCUGUGUUAAACAGUAUUAAUUCCUGCUUGGAUGUCUACUGUGGCAGAAAAUGGAGUCACAGAGCACAGCCAGUCCCCUGCCCUUCUCCACAUCCACAGGGCGCCGGUGCUGUGUGGGAAGAGGCAGCACUCUUUCUCUCAAUCAGUGUUACAGGUGGAGACAUUCACAUGCAAAGGGUCCUGUCCACAUCUGGAUCCCGAAGAGACAGCCCAGGCAUAUGUAAUUACAAAGUCUCUGUUGUAUUUUGUAUUUAUGUGGUAAUCAGAGAUUAAAUGCUCUAUAAAAUAAGGGUUGCUAACUAAGAUUUUCCAGAGCUGUUUCCCGUUCUGCACAUGGUGGGUGGGAGGGGUAGGAACCUGCGAUCACUGCUAUUUUGGAUGUUUAGGCUGCAGCUCCUAUGGAGCCAGGUCAGGCCCAGUUCUAGGAAAUGGCAGUUUCCUGCUCUUUGACUCAGACCUGCCAUUUGAAAGCACAUUUCUGUUGGUCUUCAUUGUGUUAUGUGUGUUUAACAUACAAUUAUGUGACUCAUAAUAAGGUACAUUGUACUGAAACAUACAGCAAUAUUUAUGGAUUUGAGAAAUGUGCAAUAGGACAUGAAUACAGUACAUAAAACAUAUCAAUUAUUGUACUGUAUCUUGCAAACUCCAUUAAUACUCAAUUACCAUACAUUUCAGUACAAUAUUAAUUGCAGAUUCCAUCUCCCUUAACUCACUCUCUUAGCCUUCUGUCUCCCAUGUCUCUGGCCUCCUUGACUCUGUCAUCCUAGAUUGCGCAAUCAUUCCUUGCCACUAAAUGCCUGAAAAACAAAAGUCCUCUGGGGUAAAACAUUGACCCUGCUCCACCCAUGACUCCACUAUCCCUCUGCUAACAAACCCCUUAACUUGGCUUCCAAAGCCAGAAAUCUUGGAAUUCUCCCUGAACCAAAUUUUUGUCCUCUAUCCUUGUUUACCUUUUCUGUGCGCCUGUCUAAAGCUACCUCGAGAACGUUUUCAUAAUCUCUUUAUCUUGUUUCUUGUCAAAAAGUUCAUUCCUGCCUUCACCACUUAUUAUUCUAUUAUCCUGAUUAGCGCACUUCCCUCUUGCAUACUCCUACUCUCAAAAUUUCUGGAAGGUCCAAAAUAUUGCAGCUAGAGUCCUCUCUCCAGGAUCCUGUUACUAACUGGCCUCUUGCCACUUUUUCAUGUCUAAGGAUUCACUCCACCCUUCCCUCUCUUUAUAUCCCCUCCCAUCUCCACUCUGCAUCCUUUUAGUUUGCCUCCUCAGGAUCCUCCACAGUUGCACUAUUUCAUUUGGUUUGGCUAAUCAGUGUGGGAUGUUCACUACAAGCCACUAAGCCAUUCCUUUUACAGCUUGCCUUGAGGUCCCUGUUUUCAGUGUAUCUUGUUUGACUCUUACUAUAAAUGCAUUUUAUGGUCCUUUCUAUGAAGGAUGCUAUAUAAAUUGUAUAGUAUCCUUAUUCUCUUACAAUGCACUGUACUGCAACUCUGGCAGAUUUCAGUUUCGGUGAGUUAUAAUCAUCAGAUAAAUUAGAAUACAUAAAGGGACAAAAAACUCAAUUUAAAAGGCCCCAUUCCCAUUAUUAGCCUGGCUUAGACUGACAUAAACUGGGUCAGUUUAAUGUGGCCCAAUUUCAUUUGCUCUCAUUCCAAUUCCAAGAAUUGAAGUGAGAAAAAUCCCUGUGCUGGACAGAAUCAAGGUGAGGAGAAUGCUGCAUUUGCUAAUCCUGGUUCUAGCAGGACUGGUGCCUCCUGCAUUUAUAGGCAAAUUCUCCAUUUUCUUUUUGUAAAUACACUAUGAGGAAUAUUUCUUUUCAAAAUAAAUGCCCAUGACAACCUGAUUUUAAAUUACAACUCGCAGUGUCCCUAGUUUUGUUAGCGGUACUUGCAUAUAGAGGUUUUGUAAAGACAAAAAGAUUAAUAAUGAACUUGAGUAAUCAUAAAGCAUAAAAUUAUUUAUUCUCCCUGACUCAUGCCCCCCCCCUUAUCAUAGUGUUUCUUGAAUAAGGAACCAAAAUCAUGAAUUAGAACCCCGAUUCAGCAAUGCACUUAACCAUGUGAAUAGUCCAAUUAUAGCCAGUAGGGCUACUCCUGUGCUUAAACUUUGGCAUGUGCUUUUAUAUCUUGCUGAAUCAGGGCCUGAACAGAGAGGGGGAAAAGUUGUGUUGGGAUCAGUUGGAUGAUGCUUGCUUUGUGAAACAAUCACCAUGGGCAUAACAUUUUGUUUAAAAAGUCAAGUUUACUGCUGUUUUCUGGUAUUAUAACUCAACCUACCAUGAAUCAAAAUAAAGACAUUUUCAGCAGUUUCAGCAUUGGCCCCCAUUGGAUUAGAGUCAUCUUUCACUUAGGCCCCAGUCUAGUGAAGCACUUAAGCAUGUGCUUAACUUUAAGUACUUGACCAAACAUGAAAGGUCCUAUGGGACUAGUCACAGGCUUAAAGCAUUCUUAUCUGCUUUGCUGGAUCAAAGCCUUACAGUGGUGUGAGUCAGAAACUCCAAUGAAGUUGGUGUAAAUGAAAAGAGAACCAGGUCUAUAGACUUCAGUUGGUGCAGGAUCAGGCCCUUGGGCUGUACUUUCUCAACUGGGUGCACUGGACUUUUCCUGUGCAGCUUCCCAAAAGUCUAGUGGAAGUUGCAUGGCUCAAGCCACUGACAUCUUAUUUGAGAAUGUGCCUCCUUAUCUUUUCAGUGUGUAAAAUAAUGCAAAAAAUAAAUAAAUAGCAUACAAUGUCAGUGGUAGAAGCAAGGCUUUUAAAAUCUGUUUCUCAGGUAAGCAAGUGACACUAAUGACAAUGGAGUAACAGCCAUCUAAGAGAAUUUGGAUCUAUAAAAAGGAGGGUGCCCUCAAUCUUACAGGAUAGUUGGGUUGCUAGACACGUUUGCUGAGUCUUUGAAGACUUGGUGCAAAAGGAAACAAGAAAUAAAAUUUGCAUUCACUGCUGCCCUUCGAUAGAAAAAUGUACAUUUCAAAAGCACAAAGGGAAGAUUUUUAAAAAAUAAAAUAAAAAAGAAAGAGACCAGUUAAACUCCUUUUGUCUUUUACUCCCAGUGGGAAGCAGGGUAAGGAGAUGCUCUGUUUCACUGCCUGCAGCACUGGCUGUAGACAUUUUGACUGCUGCCUACAGAGAUUUGAAUGUACUGCUCCUUAAGUUAACUUCCAUAGAACUAGAGGCACCUCUUUAGUAUGUUGCUACUGUUUUAUGGUGCUAAAAAUAACUUUUAUCCCCCUUGAGCAUUUCAGAAAUAGUAAAUGGCCCUUUUUAUGAAUGUAACAUAUCCAUUUCUGUUUAACAUUUUACACUACAAUUUUAACAUGUUUGGAAAUUAUUUGCCUUUUUUCUUUUAGAAUAAGCUUUAUAAAUAUUCUGUAGAGUCAAUUGAAGUAUAAUUCUUAAGGAUCACUCUAAGACGCCUACAAAAUCUUGUAUAUUUUUAAGUGUGCCAAUUUGUAAAAUAUUUUGUAAGUGUAUAUUUUUCUUAGAAAAGUGCUGUGAAGUGUUUGUAUGUGUGAGGUUUCCUUUUUUUUGCACCUCCGGGUGUUAAUAAAAGGAUGUAUACUUAAAAGUUUCUGGUUUUAAAAACCAAAAUACAAAGAAAAAAAUUAAACUUUUGUUGGGAAUUUUGUAAUAAAAAGAAAUGUUGUGAAAGAGUGUAGUGACAUUGUGUAAAGGAAACUGGAAAAUUUGUGAGCGCUUCGCUGUUUUAUAGAUCCUCUUGUAAAUUAUUCUUGUAAUAUUUUUGGUUUUGUUGUUCUUGUUGCAAAGGUUUUAAAUAUUUGUGACUGACUCUGUAUGGUGAAAACGUCAUAUUGUUAACUUGCUGAGUUUUGUUAUAUUGUUUAUGGAAUAAAUAAAAAAAUUAAAAAUCUCAUUUUAA